UGAAGUAGACAAGUUUAUUAAUGAUAAUAAUGAGGAUGAUGAGGAUGAUGAUAAUAUUAAUAAUUAGUCAUAAUUAUAAUAACGUUAAUGUCAUAAUAAAUAGAACUCUUCAUCUGAAGCACGUAAAGAGAAGCAUACAGAAAGAGAAAAAACAAAAACACAAAGUUUAGAGUACAGAGCCAGAGGAGGGGGGCAGGGACUUCUAGAGACAUUUUUAACCUUUCAAUAUAUCCAUUUAAUUUUUUAACAUUUUUAAACUUUAUUUAACUGGAACAUUUACAAAAAGGAGAAAGAGAUAGAUUUUAAAAAAUCCUUAUAAAUAAAUUUGUCAUUAUUAGAACAAAAUACAAUAUUUUGGGGAGUCAGAGGAUGUAGUUUUUUUCUUUUGCCCCCUGAAAGGACAGGAUGGGGGAGGAGGACAGAUGGGUGAGGGGGAGAGAGAGGAGGAGAGGGUUAGUUAUGUACAGAACACCAGGAAUACAAAAGGGGCCGGUCGACUCACACACUAGAAGGCAAAGAGGGAGGGUUAGGAUGGGGGAGGAGGAUGAGGGUGGUCAGGGGACUCUCAGAGGGGGGGACAUCCUGCAAGUGUCACAGCUCAAGCAGUUGUGCUCAGGAAGAUCAGGACCAGUUCAUUACACUGAAGGCAUCAGAAGGAAGGAAGGAAAGGAGGGAGGAAGGGAGGAAGGAAGCUGUAACCUUGCUCCCUGCUCCGUCCCGCUGCUGAGGAGCGAGCUGGAGCGUCAGACGGUUUCUGUGCAGGCAGAGUGUCUCCGGCAGCAGAGGCAAACUCAACAGCUUGAGAGCAGAGACAAAGAGCCACAGUUUUGUAGGAAUAAAAAACUACCUGGAAGAACGAAGGGAGGUGAAAAAUCAACUCAAACAAAAGAGGAAAACUCUGCAUCCACGCCUUACCUCUGAUACUGGCAGAUACUUAAAUGGGCGACAAAUCGUGUGUGGCUAAAGCUAAAUGUUUGCUCAUUGACUACAAAUUCCAUGAUGCUUAUGAGAGACACCUGCAUCACAGAAUUAUGAGUUAACUUUAUUUUCCUUUUAUACAAAAAUCAAGCACUGCAAGAAGAGCAAUGUAAACUGAAGCCAAAGCUAACAUAAAGUAGGUGCUUUUUGUAGCUUUUGUACUCCACCCUCUGCCUUUCAGUACAACCUGAAUGAACAUUUUAAAACAAGAGCAACACAGUGUGCAAUUAAAAUAUGUGAUUAAAAUUGUGAAACUAUUUCAGUUAAGUUGUAUCUAAGUGCAACAACUAAAUACUAAAUUGGUUUGUUUGAAAUGUUACUUAAAUAUUUGUUAUAUAAAGUAAAAGAAGUCAGUAAAGCUUUGCACAGAACUUAAACAUCAACCUUAAACUUUAAGUUCUACUUUUAAGUUCCACUUUGAACCAACUAUAGCUUUAGGAAUAAUCUUGUUUAGUCUACUAAAAGAUUAAAGUUGUCAGAAUUACUAGUCUAGUAAAUAAUAAUAUAUAAUUUUUUAAGCUUUAAGUGUCUAUCAUAUGCUGUGUCUCAGCUAUAGCGUAGCCAUCUGAGACUAGCCAGGGUUGUAACUUUGAAUAAUAGCGACUGCCAUGGCACAACAAUGUUCGAUUAUCCAGAUUCGAUUUAAACAAGCACUGAUGACAGAUCUUGUAGCGCAGUAUGGUUUGGCAGUAUUACAAUCUAGAAAAAUAGAGACAAAGUUGCAUUCAGGCUAUUUCUGGUUCACUCAGCCAGAGUGAGGUGAAACCAGUGCAGGCACAUGGACAAUAACCUGUAGGGAGGACUGAAGGCUGGUGGUGCUAACUCUGCUACUGGUAAACCAACCAGUUUUCCCACAGAGUUUGUGGCUCCAUGUUUAUAAAUUUUAAAUUAGGCUCAAUUUUUACAGUUUUCCACGCUUUUUUCUUACCUAUGUAUGAGACGACGAGUUAUGAUUCAAAAUUUUGCUUUAAAAAACAUGUAAAACUAUUUAAGUUCAGGAAUCAACGUUGACAUCUUGUUUCACACGGAGUUCUUAAAGUUUUACAUUUCAGUAACUUUUCAAUCAAAAGUCACUCUAAACUGACUUUGACAUUUUUAACGCCUGACAUUUACCCCUUAUUCUGCUAUCCCUACUUAGGCCACUAGAGGUCAGUGCUUUACUUAUAGCAUGGGUAUUGUUAGUGAGAAGCUCACAAACUGCAUGGUCUCACUGGUUGCGAACAGUAUAACAUUACUUUUAUGUUUUUGCAUCAAUAUAUCAACCAGAACUAAAAAAAAGAAAAAUUAUUUUCUGCAAUUUAAAUGUAUUUUUAUUAAGUAUGUACUGAGACACAAGGACUUAAUAAAUAUGUAAGUUCGUUCCAGCUCUGGAUACUUUUUACAGACAUAGGUGUAUGAAUAUAAAGUUCUUUUUAAUGAUAGAAAUGCCAAUAAUUGAAUAAUAAUAAUGCUCUCCUGUUGGAUUAUCUUAUUUUGCUCGUUUGGUAUUACGUAUAUUUUUUGCAGAUUAAAUGUGCAUCUAGCAAUUUUUUUUUUAUCAUCAG